AUGUCAAAGCUCUCUCGUUCUCAAGCUGAGCAAAAGCAUACUCAGCUCGAUGCUUCAAGACAAUGUCCGCCAGUUGAAGACGCCUGUCCCGCCCAUGCUCGAGGUCGUCGCGUAACGCAAGAGUUACGCGAUCCAAGAAGCUCUCGGAGACACACGCUCCCAUACGAUUGUGUGGAGAGCGUCUUCCCUCCUCCUCCACCUCCUUUGAAGGACUCUCGCGGUGGCCAGUGCUAUCUGAUUGAGCGGCUGUUGAGCCACCGCGAUGUGAACGGACGUCGGACGAGUUACCUCGUCCGGUGGCGCGGUUAUCCCUCGUCCUGGGAUACUUGA